AUGUUUGGUGCUAUCUGUGCUGGACGGCCUGUCCAGACAAAUCUACAGCAGAUCGAUCCCACGAAAUUUGUAUUUCAAAUCGAAGAUGGAGCGUCGGUGAAUCAUAUAGUCGUGUUUUUGCUGCCGGGAACCGUGCUUGAUCCGUCGGUCGCUGCUACUGUAUAUUUUCAAUGGCCCGGAAAGCCGUUUCAGCUGCUAGGAGCCAUCUCAAACAACAAACCAUCAGCCAUCUUCAAAGUCAACCAACGUACACCAGCUCCCCGUGUCACAGCAUCGAUAGACGACAUGGUCGACGACGACACCGACCUAGUCUCCGCCGGCGCAGAACCCAUCACGAUCUCGCUCGGAAUCUCAAUCGAGCCCGCAGAUCAGGUCGAGGCGCAGAUAAGCCAGAUGCGCGCAAAUAGCGCCGGCUCGUCGACCGCGCUCGUGCCGUCGUCGAAAAGGGCGCCGCUGAAUCCCAAUUCGACGGCGGCGCUGGCGAAUAAGAUUGUCUCGAACGCGUUUAAUUUCUUGAGCGGGUUCGCGACCCCGGACGGAAUGGUUCCUUUAAAGACAUUUAACGAUUGGUGGACCAAAUUUCAAAAUAAGCUAGCGGUCGAUCCACAGUUCAUACAUCGGAUAGAGGAGGACUAG